AUGCAGGCUGCUGUUUUACGUUUCUUUCGUCGACAUCUGAGGGCUAGCAAGGCUCAGUUGAAGCCCAAAACUCGACCACCAUCCUCCGCAAGAAAUUUCUCCGAUCGAAACCACCCCGUUGUUACUUCCGACAGAGCGCUCGAGGAAGAGAGACUCCCUUUCUACGAGCAUGAGCAGUAUUAUCCAGCUCAUAUUGGUGAUGUGUUUAACUCAAGAUACCAGAUCGUGGGAAAAUUGGGUUAUGGUGCAUACUCGACAGUAUGGCUCUGCCGUGACUUGGUUGAACAUUCAUAUUCUGCGCUGAAAAUCUCAACGCAGUUGCAAAAAUACCCAAAGAAAGGCCGUGCAGAGCUUUCCAUAUACGAACACCUUUGCGAGGUAAAUUCGCAUCAUCCUGGCCAAAGGUAUAUCCGUGAACUCUACGAUUCAUUUGAAAUCGCAGGACCUAACGGCUCUCAUCAAUGUCUGAUCCAGCAACCAAUGCAUCUAAGCAUUCUUGACAUGAUGAACUUAAAUCCUAAGCCACUCGAUGCACCCUUUCUGAAAGAGAUAUUAAAACGUCUCCUACUUAUUCUUGACUUCCUCCACACAGAAGCCAAUGUAAUUCACACUGAUCUAAAAACUGACAACCUGAUGAUACAUAUUGCGGACAAGUCAAUGCUUGAGGAGUUUGACAAAGCGGAACGUGAGAACCCGACACCAAGAAAAGUGAUAGAUGAACUACGUGCUAUCUACACAUCCCGCCGUUUUGGCAAACCCAAAAAUGGUAAAUGGGGAGGGCCAAUUUUGUGUGAUUUUGGAGAAGCGAGAAUUGGGCAGGUUCAAGAAACAGGCCCGUUUAUUCAACCUCAUAUUUAUAGGGCACCUGAGGUGACCUUUGAAAUGCCAUGGGGCCCGCCUGUGGAUAUCUGGAACACUGCUGCUCUUAUUUGGGACCUAUUUGAGGGAAGGCAUUUGUUCAAUAAUCUUCUGGAUGAACAGAGGAAGUAUGAUCCUUUCAAGCAUAUGGCUCAGAUAUUUGCUUUACUGGGUCCUCCUCCGAAAGAGUUUUUACUUCGUAGUGAGACAGCUGAGCAGUGCUUUGACAUGGAAGGGAAUUGGAAGGGCGGGAUGUUCGAGAAAGUACCAGAAAUUUCCUUGGAGGGGCUGGAGACGCGUUUAGAGGGAAGGGAAAAGUCCAUGUUUCUCAAUUUCAUACGCUCCAUGCUCAAGUGGCUCCCUGAAGAACGAAAAACGGCAAAAGAACUUCUCCAGGACCCCUGGCUAAAUGAGUGA